CCAUAAAUGACCCUCGGCCCUCUCACUAUUUUCAGUCUGGCUUUUCUCCCCCUCCCUCUUCAUCACUCCAGCAAAAGCAGAACCCAAAGUUGCACUUUUUAGGGUUCCCCUCUCCCUUCAAUUCCGCCAUGGGAAAACCUCGAGACUUCUACGAGGUCCUCAACAUACCCAAGAACUCUUCCCCUCAACGAAUCCGCAAAGCCUACAAGACUCUCGUCAAGCAAUGGCAUCCCGACAAACAUCCUAUUUCCACCAAACCCGAAGCGGAAGCAAUGUUCAAAGCCAUCGCAGAAGCCUAUGAGCAGGCCCUUAUUGAAAUCCAGGGCAAACCGCUAUUUGUAGACUAUGACAGCGGUGGCGGAGUAGGAGCACCAAAUCGUUCCCGGAGCAGGCCGCCGGCGCCGGCACCGGCUGCGAGUUUUCGCGGUGAGGAGGAUAAUAGGAAACCUCGCAGCCAACCUAAGGAUGUGCACCACACGUCCUCUUCGCAAAAGUCCGGCUUUGGUUCUAAUUCCGCUCCUGCAUCGCGAAAGCCGCCGCCUUUGGAGAGGAAGCUGGAGUGCACGCUUGAGGAACUUUUUAAUGGCUGCAAGAAGGAAAUCAGCUUUGACAGAGAUGUUGUUGUGAAUGGUUCCGUUAUUCGAAAGGAAGAAACACAGAAGAUCAAAGUGAAACCCGGAUGGCAGAAAGGGACGAAGAUCACGUUCGAAGGAAUGGGGGAUGAACGACCGGGAUGCCUUCCAGCUGAUGUAAUCUACAUGAUAGCUGAAAAGGAGCACCCUUUCUUCAAGAGAGUUGGUGACGACCUUGUGCUGAAAAUAGAGAUCCCUCUUGUGAACGCCCUCACCGGCUGGACCUUCUCCUUCUUCCUCAUAACAGGGGAGAAGAUGACUCUUUCGUUCCGCGAUGAGAUAAUUCAUCCAGGUUAUGAGAAGGUUAUGGAAGGCCACGGCAUGCCGCUAGCAAACAAGAAGGAUAGGAGAGGAGACCUUAGGAUCAGGUUUCAGAUUCGAUUUCCGACAAAACUUAGUGAGGAGCAGCGGAAUGUGAUACAGGAGGCCCUUAAGAAUGGCUGCUGAUUGAUUGUUUCA